AUGAUGCAUUUGGAGGUAUUACACAGUUCAUGGAUUUCUGACGUUAGUGAAACAGGUGGCAUAGAGCAAAACUUACAAGAGAGUACUGCUCAUCCAUCUGGAAAUCACCCCCAUCAAGAGGUGGAUAAGUUUGAACAGCUCAUGAAGGAGGCAAAUGAAGAAUUAUAUCCUGGAUGUAAGAAGUUUAGCAAACUAUCCUUUUUGCUGCAUAUGUAUCGCACAAAAUGUAUGUUCAAGUGGUCAAAUGAAUCUUUUAAUGCUCUGCUUGGACUUUUGAAAGAUGCACUGUCUGAAGGAGAAAAAUUACCUCCUUCUUUCUAUGAGACCAAAAAGAUAGUUGAAGGCUUGGGCUUAAAGUAUGAAAAAAUUCAUGCUUGUCCCAACGAUUGCAUGCUUUUUAGGAAAGAGUUAGCUAAUAAGAAUGUCAAUAAAUGCAAAAUUUGUGGGGCUUCUAGAUGGAAAAAUGAUGCUAGAAAAAUUCUAGCCAAGGUCCUAAGGUAUUUUCCUUUAAAACCAAGGCUACAGAGAUUGUUUAUGUCUUCAGAAACGUCUAAAGCAAUGCGAUGGCAUCAUGAAGAGCGCAACAAAGAUGGAGUUCUACGGCAUCCUGCAGAUUCUGAAGCCUUGAAAAUUUUUGAUAGUAAAUAUCCCGAAUUUGCUGGAGAUCCACGCAAUGUGCGCCUAGGAUUAGCUUCUGAUGGGUUAUUUGGCACAAUGCGAACUGUUCACAGUACAUGGCCAGUGAUUUUAAUGCCAUAUAAUCUUCCACCAUGGAUGUGCAUGAAACAAGAGUUCUUCAUACUGUCCUUAGUUAUUCCUGGACCAAAAGCACCUGGCAAUAAUAUUGAAGUCUUUUUGCAACCUUUAAUAGAAGAGUUGAAUGAAUUAUGGGAUAUUGGGGUCGAAACAUACGAUGCAUCUACUAAGGAUAUAUUUCAAAUGCGAGCAGCUCUCAUGUGGACUAUAAAUGAUUUUCCAGCAUAUGGUACUCUCUCUGGAUGGUGCACUUAUGGUCGGUUUGCAUGCCCUUCUUGUGACAUAAACACUCAAUCUAGAAGGCUCAGAUAUGGCAGAAAGUUUUGUUACAUGGCGCAUCGACGCUUCUUGAAGUCGGGACACAAAUAUCGGAAUGAUGCAAAAUCGUUUGACGGGACAAAAGAAUCAAGACCUGCACCAUGUCCAGUAUCUGGGUCACUAGUGCUGAAUCAAGUUAAAGAUAUAAAAUUUACUCUCGGCCAGUCUAGCGAAGAGGUAAGUGGGGUCACGAAAAAUACAUGGAGAAAGAGGAGUAUUUUUUUCGAUCUUCCUUAUUGGAAGUCGAACUUGGUGCGCCAUAAUCUUGAUGUGAUGCACAUAGAAAAGAAUGUGUGUGAUAACUUAAUUUAUACAUUAUUGGAUCUUGGUAAAAAGUCUAAAGACAACUUAGAAGCUCGAUUGGACUUGAAGGAGAUGAAAAUAAGACCAAGUUUAUGGCCUCAAUAUCGAGCUAGUGGGAGACCAUAUCUUCCACCUACUUUUUUCACAAUGUCUCCGAAUGAAAAGGAGUUAUUUUAUGAAGUUCUACAAAAUGCCAAGUUUCCAGAUGGCUAUGCGUCUAAUAUCUCACGUUGCUUUUGCAAACGAAAGAUAUUUGGGCUAAAAACUCAUGAUUGUCAUUUUAUAAUGCAAGAACUUCUUCCUCUUGCCUUGCGGAGAUCAGUAGAUAAAAGAGUUAGUUCCAUUUUAAUUGAAUUAUGCACAUUCUUUCGUGUUCUGUGUAUUAAAGAACUGAAACUAGAAGAGUUAAAGUUACUUGAAGAAAAGAUUCCAGAAACAUUGUCUACUAUGGAGAAACUUUUCCUCCCAGGAUUCUUUACUGUUAUGAUACACUUGGUUAUUCACUUGGCAACCGAGGCUAAACAUGCGGGGCCGGUACAUUAUCGCUGGAUGUACCCAAUUGAGAGGUUCUUGGGUACAUUAAAAUCAUAUAUUCGUAAUCAUGCAUGUCCAGAAGGUUCAAUAGCAGAAGCAUACAUAGCAAAUGAGUGUAUGGCAUUUUGCUCACAAUAUUUGGAGGGGGGAGAUUCAAGGUCUUAUUGUUCAAAAAAAUGCGGUGAUGGGAUUGAGCAUGAGAAUAGUAAAGAAGAAUGUCUUUUUCCAAUUGUUGGGGAAUCGUACGGUGGAGUAGAUGUAUUUGAGUUGGAUGAGAAAACAUGGUUGCAAGCACAUCGGCAUGUGCUUUUCAAUUACGAGUCAGAAGUGGUUGAGAAUUAUAAAAAGGAACAUAUUGCUGAAAUCGAGAGAUCACAUCGUAAGCAUCGUUUGACACAACAUCAACUUGACCGUGCGCAUUUCGAUAUAUUUCAUGAGUGGUUCAAGGAGCAAAUAAAGGAAUUGGAAGCCACAUCUAAGAUCUUAAAAGAUGUUAAAGUCCUUGCACAAGGGCUGAGUUACAUUGCAAAAAGAUUCACUGCAUUCGAUGUAAAUAACGGGUAUCGAUUCCGAACGAAACAAAGUGAAGAAUUCAAGGUGACGCAAAAUAGUAGUGUUAUGGUCGUUUCAAAGACUGAAAGUUAUGCAAGUACAAGUGACAAUGCUCCAAAGUCUGCAAAUAUCACAUAUUAUGGUAGAUUGAAUGAUAUUGUGGAGUUAAACUACUAUGAAGAAUUUAAGGUUGUCUUAUUUAAGUGUGAUUGGGUUGUUGUAACUAAAGGUAGAGGAGUUAAGGAAGAUGACUUGGGUUUCACACUUGUGAAUUUCUCACACCUAACAGACUCUGGCGUUCGAGAACGUCAUGAGCCCUUUAUUUUUGCAGAACAAGCUCAACAAGUAAUAUUUGUACAAGAUCCUCAAGAUCAUUUUUGGUUUGUCCCUAGGUUAAUUAAACCUCGAGAUAUUUUUAAUAUGGGAGAUGAAAAUAGUUUGCAGUUUGAGUCAUCAAUACAGAGUGAUGCCACUGACUUGGCUCUCUUAGAAAAUGCUCGUGUUCUCGAAGAUGAGUAUAAUGAUUGGGUAAGAAGUGGUGUCGAUGGGAUUGUAAUUGAUACAAACGCGCAUUCUCAAGCUUCUCUAAAUGAUGGUGAAGCUAAUGUUGAGGGAGGAAAUGACAUUGAAAAUGAAUGUGAUUCUACAUAA